CCGGCCCCCUGGGGAGCAGCUGCGGCGGUGACGUCAUCGCUGUCACCGGGACACCGUCACCGCGAUGGUGUAACCGGCACCGGGACCCCCGCCCCGCCCCGAAAGCAGGACAAGCCCCCACCCCCCGGAACCCCAAGAGCGACACCGGGACCCCCAAAAGUGGUGCCAGGAUCGUGCUGCUGCCACCGGGACCCCCAGGGCUGUCACCUGCUGUCGCUUCAGGUCCGCGCCCAUGGCCGAGGGGUGCUCACACGCCGCCCCCCCUCGUCCCCUCCCCGGGGAGGUGACGGCCACCCCGGGGGACGUCCCCACGGACCCCCAACCUCCAUGGGGACAGGCUGGAGGCGCCCCCGAGGGGGAGAGUGACGCCGGUGUCCCCAUGGACGCCGUCGCCGUCACCCCCUGGGCCGGCGGCAUCACCAUCACCGUCACGGCGGCCCCGGCGGACGAGGACGUCGGGGACGAGGACGUCGGGGACGUCCCGGUCACAAAGGACGCGGGGGACGGGGGUGGCCCGCUUGUAUGUGACAAGGACAUUGAGGACAGGGGUGUCACAGCCCCGAAGGACGCUGGGGACAGGGAUGUCCCAGCCCCUGGGGACGAGGACGUCGUGACCCCAGGGGACUCUGGAGACUGGGAUGGUCCAGCCCUUCGGGACAAGGACGUUGGGGACAGGGGUGUCACCGUCCUGAGGGACGCUGGGGACAGGGAUGUCCCAGCUCCUGGGGACGAGGUUGUCACCAUCCUGAGGGACACUGGGGACGGGGAUGUCCCAACCCAUCCCGUGAAGGACGUUGGGGACAAGGAUGUCCCACCUUCUGGGGACAAGGACGUUGGGGACAAGGAUGUCCCACCUUCUGGGGACAGGGAUGUCACCGUUCUGAGGGACAUUGGGGACAGGGAAGUCCCGGUUCCUGGGAUCAAGGGCAUUGGGGACAGGGAUGUCCCAGCUCCUGGGGACAAGGGUGUUGGGGACAGGGAUGUCCCACCUUCUGGGGACACCAGUGUCACCAUCCUGAGGGACACUGGGGACAGGGAAGUCCCGGUUCCUCAGUACAAGGACGUUGGGGACAGGGAUGUCACCACCCUCAGAGAUGUUCCAGAUGUCCCAGCUCCAAGUGACAUCGGGGAUGGGAAUGUCCCAGCCCUAGGGGACGCUGGGGACAAGGACAUUGGGGACACGCAGGUCUCGGUCCUCAGGGCUGGUGGGGACAAGGACGCUGGGGACAAGGACGUUGGGGACACGGGGGUCUCGGUCCUCAGGGCUGGUGGGGACAAGGACGUUGGGGACAAGGACGUUGGGGACACGGGGGUCUCGGUCCUCAGGGACGUUGGGGACAAGGACGUUGGGGACAAGGACGCUGGGGACACGGGGGUCUCGGUCCUCAGGGACGUUGGGGACAAGGACGCUGGGGACAAGGACGCUGGGGACACGGGGGUCUCGGUCCUCAGGGACGUUGGGGACAAGGACGUUGGGGACACGGGGGUCUCGGUCCUCAGGGACGUUGGGGACAACGACAUUGGGGACAAGGACAUUGGGGACACGGGGGUCUUGGUCCUCAGGGACGUUGGGGACAAGGAUGCUGGGGACAAGGACGUUGGGGACACGGGGGUCUCGGUCCUCAGGGACGUUGGGGACAAGGAUGUUGGGGACAAGGACGUUGGGGACACGGGGGUCUCGGUCCUCAGGGACGUUGGGGACAAGGACGUUGGGGACACGGGGGUCUCGGUCCUCAGGGAAGUUGGGGACAAGGACGCUGGGGACAAGGACGUUGGGGACACGGGGGUCUCGGUCCUCAGGGACGUUGGGGACAAGGAUGCUGGGGACAAGGACGUUGGGGACACGGGGGUCUCGGUCCUCAGGGACGUUGGGGACAAGGACGCUGGGGACAAGGACGUUGGGGACACGGGGGUCUCGGUCCUCAGGGACGUUGGGGACAAGGACGUUGGGGACACGGGGGUCUCGGUCCUCAGGGACGUUGGGGACAAGGACGCUGGGGACAAGGACGUUGGGGACACGGGGGUCUCGGUCCUCAGGGACGGUGGGGACAAGGAUGUCCCAUCGCCAAAGGACACCGGGGACAGCGAUGUCGCAGUCCCAGGGGACACUGGGGUCAGGGAUUUUGGGGACAUACAGGUCUCAUCCCUGCUGCGGGAUGUUGGGGACACUGGGGACAGGGAUGUCACCACCCCAAGAGAUGUUGGGGACAGGGAUGUCCCAGCUCAUGGGGACGAGGACAUCGGGGACGUCCCAGUCUUGAGGGACAUUGGGGACGUCCUGGUCUCUGAGGACAAGGACGUUGGGGACAGGGAUGUCACAGUCAUGAGGGACGUUGGGGACAAGGACAUUUGGGACGUUGGGGACAUUGGGAACAAGGACGUUGGGGGCAGGGAUGUCCUAGCCCCCAGGGACGUUGGGGACAAGGACGUUGGGGACGUUGGGGACAAGGAUGUUGGAGUCAGGGGUGUCCCAGCCCUGAGAGAUGUUGGGGACAAGGACAUUGGGGUCAGGGAUGUCCCAGCCCCAAGGGACGUUGGGGACAUCGGAGACAAGGACGUUGGGGACAAGGAUGUUGGGGACAUUGGGGACAUCGGGGACAAGGACAUUGGGGGCAGGGACAUCACAGCCCUGUGGGACGCUGGGGACAAGGACAUUGGGGACAUCAGGGACAAGGAGGUUGGGGACAUGGACGUUGGGGGCAGAGAUGUCCCAGCCCUGCGGGAUGUUGGGGACAAGGACGCUGGGGACAUCAGGGACAGGGACGCUGGGGACGUCGGGGACAAGGACGCUGGGGACAUCAGGGACAGGGACGUUGGGGACGUCGGGGACAAGGACGUUGGGGACGUCAGGGACAGGGACGUCGGGGACAAGGACGCUGGGGACAUCAGGGACAAGGACGCUGGGGACGUCGGGGACAAGGACGCUGGGGACGUCGGGGACAAGGACGCUGGGGACGUCAGGGACAAGGACGUUGGGGGCAGGGACGUCCCAGCCCCGCGGGACGUUGGGGACAAGGACAGUGACGUGGCGGCCCGGGGGGACGCGGGGGAUGGGGACGUUGGGGACGCCUGCGCCGCCGGUGGCAUCACCAUCACGGUGACGGCCCCUCCCGUGGAGGACGAGGACGUCCCCGGCGAUGACGUCACUGCCGCCCUCCCCGGGGAGCGCGCCCCUGGUGACGUCAUGGAGAGCGGCGGCGUCGCAGCCGCCCGCCCCGGUGAUGUCACCGCGGGGGGUGACGUCACCUCCGCUCUGCCUGGGGAUGUCCCUGCUGGCGACGUCAUCGGGGGUGACGUCGUUUCCUCCCUCCCUGGUGAUGUCAUGGCUGAGGACGAUGUCAGUUCCUCAGUCCCGGGGGAUGACGUCAUUGCUGACCUUGUCGGCGGAGAUGACAUCACUUCCUUUCUCCCUGAGGAAGCCCUCCCUGGUGAUGUCAUCACCAAGAGUGAUGUCAUUUCCUCUUUUCCUGGGGAUGACACAGCUGGUGACAUCAUCCCUGGGGAUGACCUCGCUGGUGACAUCACCGCUGGGGACAUAUUUGCUGGUGAAAUAGUCACCAGGCAUGAUGUCACUUCCUCCCUUCCUGGGGAUGAGUUCGCUGGCGAGGUCGCGGCCAGAAGUGACCUCGCUGAUGACGUCAUCACCAGGGGCAGCGUCCCUUCUUCCCCCUCUAGCGAUACCUGCCCUGAUGAUGUCAUCGCUGACCUUAUUCCCUCCCUUCCUGGGGAUGACCUCACCAAUGACGUCCUCGGGGGGGAAGGCGUCGCCUUCUCUGUACCUGGGGCUAUCGCUGCUGGUGACAUCGUUGCCGCAGAUGAUGUCACUUCCUCCCUGCUGGGCGACGCCGCUGGCCGAGAAGUCAAGCCUGCUGGUGACCUCACUGGUGACAUCAUCUGUGCAAACAAUGGCGCCGCCGCCGCUUGGAGUGACUUCGCUGAUGACGUCGUGCCCGAGGACGACAUCACUUCCUUCAUCCCGGGCGGUGUCGCUAGCCACGACAUCGCUCCCAAGGGUGAUGUCAGCGAUGACGUCACGCGGGGCUCUGACCUCGGUGACAUCGUUGGGGGUGAUGUCACCUCCUCCAUCCCGGGAGCCCUCUCUGCCCGUGAUGUCAGCCCUGAGGAUGACAUCAUGGGUGACAUCAGCCCUGGGGAGGAGCAAACCCCCCCCACCCUCAAAGAACCCGUCUGCCCGGGUGAUGACCUCACCGAUGACAUCACCACUGAUGUGCCCAGAGAAGGUGUUGGCAGCCGAGGUGACGCCCCAGAAGCCCCCCAGCCCCAGACGCCCCCCCCGGGCUGCCCCCUCGUCUUCCUCGCCCUCGUCUGCCUCCUCCUCGCCCUCCUCCUCCUCGCCGGGGUCUUCGCGGCCGUCCAUUACGUCAAGGUCUUCAUCAUCAGCUCGGCCACCUUCUCCGUGCCGGUGGCCGAGUCGUUCCCAUGAGCCUUUGCGGCGGGACAAGACGGUGGCUUUGGGGGGGGGGGGUGUGUGUGUCACCCCCUGCCCCCAACCCAGCAGCAAUAAACACCCCCCCUCCCCCUC